CCUGUCCUCACAAAACAGCAUUUCAUGGUGCGGCUGCUGCGAGCCAACUGCAUUGCCAUUAUUGCGCUUGCAAUAGCGAUUGCUGCUGUUCUGGCUGCAGCAGUCCCCGACGACCCUUCCGCCGCCCAGCAUCAGCAACAUCACGAGCAAUCGCUCGACAGUAGCCAUCCUCACCACAGCGAUCGCCUGCACGCGCCCGGCAAAGCGCUCCUCGCGAGGGCGUUCAAUGACACGGUCCGCUACUCGGUCCAGCUCGGGUUUCCGCCGUCGCUCGCACCACCAACCAAGAGCGGGACAAAGCAAGGAUCAAAGAGUGCUGCUGGCAAUGCUAAUGGCAAUGGUAACCCUAAUGGCCAUGGUACUCCCCGGCCGCUGCUUGCAGACAUCGGUCAGGCCAAUCCCAACGCCAAUCCCAGCAAAGCUGGCAGCCCUACUGCUGAUGCUGAUGCUGAUGCCGAUGCCGAUGCAAAUGCAGUCAAGCCAAGGACAGUACUGGAUCGUGCUCUGGCUGCUGGCGUGCCGCUGUUGCCGUUCAACGCUCUGCCAGGAGGUCGCUUUCACUGCGCCAUCCCUCCUGCUGCUCCAAGCACCACUGAAGGCCGCGCUGACGAUCCAUCAUCGUCCUCCCAACAACAUCGGAAGUUCUCGGCAAGCUUCUCGCCUGCGACGCUGCUCAAAGGAAUGCGAUCCAAUGUGUGCUUGUUGCGAAUCGAGGCGUACUGGACGUACGAAUACUGCCACGAGAAGCACCUGCGCCAGUACCAUCUCGACCGCGGCCAAACCGUGCCCGCUCCAGUCAAGCCCGGCGGCGACCCCAACGAGUACAUGCUGGGCGUGUACAAGGCGCCGCUGGUGGCCGCAGCUCCGGCAGAGCACUUGACCCUCGCCAACGCCGUCCCGCCGCGCAUGCGCUGGAUUCACCAGGACGUUCCGUAUUACGCGACUCACAUUGAUGGCGGCGCGCCGUGCGGGCUGAUUGGCGCUCCUCGCCGCGCCGAAAUCCGAUUCAUUUGCAACAAGCUUCUGACCACCGCCGAAAUCAUCCAUCUCGAGGAAACAGCCACGUGUGUCUACUUGGUCGUCAUUGCCACUCCAACGCUCUGCGUCAACACAAACUACGUGGUCGAGGCUUCUCCCGUCGAGCCGAUUGCAUGCUUUCCUUCCGAGAUUCCAGACCCAGGCGUUCCCGCAACGCUCGUGCCCGCCAGGAUGCACGAGAACCUCUUUGGCGACCCUUUGGUCAAUUUUGGGUCGGUUCCUCAACUUGCAGAUGCGAUGGCCACCAGCUGGGAGCUGUGUCAAGCAGAGAGUGAGUUAGCUGCAGCCACUGCCUAUGUGGCUCGCCAGCAGCAGCGCGGGGUCGACCCGCGCAGCCAGGCAUCUGAAUUGGAGAUCGCCUUAGCUCUUAACCAUAAAGCUCGCGUGGCUUUCCUGAAAGCCGAGCUUGAUCUGCACCGGCAGGUACGCAAGACAUUCGACAUAAACGCCUACGUUCGCUCUCGCGCUGGAAGCAACUCCAUUCCACGCGUUGCACUGGACGAUCAAUCUCUCCUUGCCAUUCUGCACCAGCAGAAAACGCAGCAAUCAAAACAAAAGCAAGAGCAAGGGCAAUCCAAACCGGCUACACCAAAUCAGCCGGCGGCUUUGAAUCAACCGCAGUCACAACAACAGCAACAGCAGCAGCAACAACAUCAGCAACAGCAGCAACAGCAGCAACAACAGCAACAACAGCAGCAACAACAGCAGCAACAACAACAACAACAGCACGAGCAAACGCAAUCACGCUCAGAGUUCGAUCCAGCUGUGGCCUCGCAGCAGCAAAGAAAACUGGCUCAGCAGCAGCAACAGCAAGCCAGGCAACAGCUAAAUCAAGCUCAGUCGCGCAGCAAGAACGCCGCUGGCGGCAAACCCAAGGAUUCGACCCAACCUCAAUCCCCAGAGACGGUCGUGGCGCCGGUCGCUCAUCAAGGCAAUGCUAUUUUUGCCGACGGAAGGCUGUCAUCGACACCCUUUGACGGCGAUUCAACGGAUGUUCACAACUUGCUUUCCAGUACCUGCAUCAUUGCUUCCACCGGCGGGUGGUGGCAAUUCGAGCUGUGCUACGGCCGGCACAUCAAGCAAUUCCACGUCGAAUAUGGCGCUGGAGGUGUCUCGACACGCAAGCCGGAGAUGGUGAUUGGGAAAUGGGACUCGAAGGCUCAUGUCGCCUGGUUCAAGUCGCUGAAUCGGGAUGCUCAAACAGCGAUCGAAACUGCUACCACAGGCACCGUACUCUACUUUUCCAACGGCGAACUCUGCGAUAAAACGGGCGAGCCCAGAAACACAGAGCUGCAUCUCAUGUGCGCCAGCGGAGACGUGACCGACCCCCAAACUCGAGAGGUGGUCCGGCACCCAUCGGUGGUCUCCAUGGCCAUCGACGAGCCCAGCACCUGCCGCUACCGCAUGGUCCUUGCUUCUCCGUUGGUGUGCGAGUUAAUUCAGACUCGUGAUGACUACGGAGUGCCAAUCCCGUAAGGACCUCGGUGUCUUUUUGUUUUGUGUGUUUGUGGAUUUGCACACUUGUUUUUAUGUGGACUUGCUUCUUCAUGAUUGAGAGCAUUGGAAUACAUUUAAUUUACGCAUUUUUUUUUCAAACAACGUUUUGUUGUAGUUCGAAGAAGAACAAUUUUGAUCUCAAAAA